AUGUCCGAGGUGAAGAGCCGGAAGAAGUCGGGGACGAAGGGAGCCCCGGCGGAGCCUGGGAAGCGGAGCGAGGGCGGGAAGAGCCCCGAGGCUCGGGGUGGUGGAGGCGGGGGCUGGGCCGACCCCCGGACCGGCGUGAGCCUGCUGUCUCUGGGGACGUGCCUGGGCCUGGCGUGGUUUGUAUUUCAGCAGUCAGAAAAGUUUGCAAAGGUGGAAAACCAAUACCAGUUACUGAAGAUGGAAACCAGUGAAUUCCAAGGGCUUCAGAGUAAAGUCAGUUUAAUUUCAGAAAAGCUUGCCUCUACUGAAAGUAUCCUGCGGGAAGCUACAUCCUCCAUGUCUUUGGUGACCCAGUUUGAGCAGGAAGUAGCCACCCUCCAAAGAAUCAUGCAUGACAUUCAAAACAGUGAAGAGAUGCUCACCCAAAAGAUGCAAAGCCUUAACGAGAAAUUCCAGAAUGUUACAGAUUUCUGGAAGAGAAGCCUAGAAGAAAUGAAUGUUAAUACAGACGUUUUCAAAUCAGAAUCAAAACAUAUACAUUCUCAAGUCACUGUCCAAAUUAACUCAGCCGAACAGGAAAUAAAAUUGCUCACUGAAAGGCUAAAAGAUUUGGAGGAUAGCACAGUAAGAAAUAUUAGAACGAUACAGAGACAGGAAGAAGAGGAUCUUCUGCGCGUAGAGGAGCAGCUUGGCUCCGACUCAAAAGCGGUGGAGAAGCUAGAGGAGGAGCAGCAGGCUCUGUUGGCCAGAGAUGAAGACCUGACUAACAAACUCUCCAGCUAUGAACCCAAAGUUGAAGAAUGCAAGACACAUUUGCCGACAAUUGAAAGUGCUGUUCGCUCUGUUCUGAGAGUCUCUCAGGAUCUGAUCGGGACAGAAAAGAAAAUGGAAGACCUGACCCUUCAGAUGUUUAACAUGGAAGAUGACAUGCUGAAAGCAGUAUCUGAAAUCAUGGAGAUGCAGAAGACCCUUGAAGGAAUUCAGUAUGACAAUAGCAUAUUAAAGAUGCAGAAUGACCUGGAUGUUCUCAAAGGAAAAGUUCAUGAUUUUAUAGUAUAUUCAAGCGCAAGAGAAAAGGGGACUCCAGAAGAAUAUAAUCUAGAAAAUAAAGAAAUCGAUAGUGACUUCUAA